UGGGUUAUUUCCGAAACCGAGCAACCAAGGCGGAGGCAACAGACACAAGCAAAGCUUGAAGCUAGAAGAAGACGAGCAAAACCCAGAUAAAAUCAUCAGCCACACAUUCCGCACAGUUCUUGGCUGCUGCUAUACCUCAAGUUCCUACUCUUAUGGUGUCGGUAAAUCCGAAUCCUGCUCAAGGCUUCUACUUCUUCGAUCCCUCCAGGAUGGGGCUUCCCGGUGUCAAUCCUACGCCGCCACUUCCCCCUACUGCUACGGCUUCUUCGUCCACGGCCAUCCCCGCCGGCGUCAGCACGGCUUCGUACGGGGACGAUCUGAGUAAGAAGAUCAGAAAACCAUACACGAUUACCAAGUCCAGGGAGAGCUGGACGGAGCAGGAGCACGACAAGUUUCUCGAAGCUCUCCAAUUAUUUGACCGUGACUGGAAGAAGAUUGAAGCAUUUGUUGGUUCAAAAACUGUUAUCCAGAUACGAAGUCAUGCACAGAAGUAUUUCCUGAAAGUUCAGAAGAAUGGAACAAGUGAACAUGUGCCUCCCCCUCGGCCAAAAAGAAAGGCUGCUCAUCCAUACCCACAAAAGGCACCUAAAAAUGCAGCUCCAGCAGUAUCCCAAGUUACAGUGCCAUUGCAAUCAUCAUCUUCUUUCAUUGAGCCCUCGUACAUUUAUAGGCCAGACUCUUCAUCUGCGCUUGGAACUCCAGUUACCCGUGUGCCUUUGUCAAACUGGCCUUGUAAUGUUAGCCCACAGCCCAGUGUGCCACAAGUGACUAAAGAUGAGAUGGGGUUGCAUGGGCAAGCUGCUUCUCUAAAUUGUUGCUAUAGCAGUAGUAAUGAGAGCACUCCAAGGGCUUGUCCAGGUAGCAAAGUUAUUGAUCAAGGAAACUCAGGCAAGCUGAUCAAAGAUGCAGUAAUGCCAGAUUUUGCACAAGUUUACAGCUUUAUUGGUAGUGUGUUUGAUCCAAAUGCUGCAAAUCACUUGGAGAGACUGAAACAGAUGGACCCGAUAAAUGUGGAAGCUGUAUUAUUAUUGAUGAGAAACCUCACCAUCAAUUUAAUGAGUCCCAAAUUUGAAGAUCAUAGAAGGUUGCUUUCAUCCUAUGAUCCUGACCAUUAGAAGGAGAAGUCUGGUAAUCUCUGCAGCAAUCCUUUAAUCUCAGAGUGCAAUUCUGUCUGCUUAAAGCGGUACAAGUGGAUUCUGCUUCACGGUGAUUUCAUAUGUUUUCCAAAACCUGAAAUUCUCUGUUCACUACCUCUGAUACUGAAUAGUAAACUAUGGGCUCCUUGUAAGGUGAAAGAAUGUGAGAAGUUGGGCGCUAGGUGUUUCAUCUGUAUAUAACGUGACAUGCAAUGUUCGGGAUUUUUGUUUGGUUUAGGUAUUAGGUGGGAACGGAGUUAUCCUUGUGGUUUAUCUAUCUAGGGUCUUGUGUAUAGCUUAGGAAGAUGAUUAUCCUUGAAGCAUUUGUUUUCUGUAAGUAGGAUCAUACAUGUAGAGUCCUCAAUUUCGAUCGGGUCACUUUUGGAGGCUAUAUUGUACAGUCUGCUGAGCGCUUUUGUGUGUUUUGGUAUGAAGCUGCUUUUAAGAUUUAUACGAUGGUGGGGUCAAAGCUUGGGAUGGCUGAUUGUGUAUAUUGUACAUAAACUAAUAGAAGAGUGAGAAUAUUGUACAUUUUCUGUUUUCGAGUA